UUAAUUAAGUUGAAGAGAUAAGCUACAUAGUCCCCACCAAGCAUACGCGACCUCACACAGUACUGCUCUUUUUCUUGUGCUACUUCUCUUCUCUUUCUUCUUCAUGUCUGUUGAACCUAAAGAACUUUACUACCAGGACCUUGUCCUAGACCACAACAAUCACCACGGAACAGUAGCAGCAGCAGCAGGAGUAGGAGGAGGAUCUGACAUGUACCAAAAGCACUUUUCCACUUCCUUAAUCCCUGCUGCUUCAACACCCUAUGACUCACAACCCUUUGAUCCCUCCUACAUGACCUUCACCGAGUGUUUGCAAGGGGGCAUGGAUUACAAUUCUCUUGCAACUUCCUUUGGCCUUUCUCCUUCCUCAUCCGAGGUUUUCUCAUCUGUUGAAGGCAACCACAAGCCUGCAGAAGGAGGAGACGGAGGAGGAGCCACUGCUGCCACUGAAACCCUUGCCACUCUUAACUCGUCUAUCUCUUCUUCGUCUUCUGAAGCCGGGGCUGAAGAAGAUUCAGGAAAGAGCAAAAAGGAUAGGCAGGUGAAGACAGAAGAAGGAGGAGGAGGAGGAGGAGAAAACUCUAAGAAAGGGAACAAGGAUAAGAAGAAAGGAGAGAAGAAACAGAAGGAGCCAAGGUUUGCCUUCAUGACCAAGAGUGAGGUUGAUCACCUUGAAGAUGGAUACAGAUGGAGAAAAUAUGGACAGAAAGCUGUCAAGAAUAGCCCUUAUCCAAGGAGCUACUACAGGUGCACUACACAGAAGUGCACAGUGAAGAAACGCGUGGAGAGGUCAUUUCAGGACCCAACCACUGUGAUAACAACGUAUGAAGGUCAGCACAACCAUCCGGUCCCCACAUCGCUGAGAGGGAAUGCGGCCGCAGGAAUGUUCACACCUUCUUUGCUCGCCACACCAACUCCACUUGCAGCCGGGUCAAACUUCCCUCAAGAUCUCUUCCUUCACAUGCAUCAUCAGCAUCACCACCACCACCACCACCCUCACCAUCACUUUCACAACACCCUCUUCUCCACACAAUCAACAAACGCCGUUACCACCACCAGCACCACCGUUACCACUGCUUCCACUCCUCCCUCCAUUUACUCAUCCUAUAACAUUAACAACUCUCUUCUUCACAACCAGUAUCUUCCUUCUGAAUAUGGCCUCCUUCAAGACAUAGUCCCUUCCAUCUUCCACAACAAGACACACCACCAGAAUUAAUUCAAACCAACCAUGCAUCUCAACGAUACCUAUAUCUAUAUCUAUAUCUAUAUAUCGGUUUUUGGCCUUGUUUAUGGUCCCCUUUGUAUAUAUAGUUAAUUUGAAGAGAUAGUUUUGUUUAGUUAUGUGAUCCUGACUCAUCAUCACAACUCUAGCCUGCUUCUGAUGCUUUGUUUUGAAGUGGGUUGGCUUGACAUCGAUCUGCUAUAAUGCGUGGAGACUGGUUUGAAGGAAAAAAAAUGGUGGGGUAUGAGAACUUUACUCAGAAACAAGAUCUUUUAUAUGUGUAUUAAUUAGUCAUGUGUAUGCAUGCAGCUCAUUUGAGAUUUUCGCAUGGCUAGUGUAACGUUAUUGAUCUGAUUGAAAUAUUACUUCAUAUGCAUAUGGGUCGGUGGA